ACAAAAAGGAAACCCUAGCUUUCUCUGGUCCGUCCCUUCCGGUGAAACAAGAGGAGAAAUCUUCAAAAUUUCCAGAAAUUGAAUCCCAAAUGGUCAAAUUGACUUAGGGUUUCGCCUCAGCAGCCUAGAUUCGAAUCCCAAACCGUGCUUUCGCUUCGUGAUCUUCACGGCUCCUCCAGAAACCGAUGAUUAGAGCGUGUUUUGGUUCAGAUCUGGAGAAUGUGUGGGGUUGUGUAUGAUGGAAUGUGAAGCUUGGAGUGUGUUGGUUUGGGUCUUGAGAUUGAGAAAUUGUUGAUGGAAAAUAGAAUAGAGGUUUCACUUGGCACCGAAAUUCCGAGGAAAUCGAGAUCUUUGGAUGUUAAGAGUCUGUAUAGGUCCAGGAGUGGAAAGGAGGUUGAGAAGCAGAGUUUGAAGAGGAAAGGGAGCGAGGAAAAUGGCGAUGAGAAUGGGGAGAAGAGGAAGAAGAACAAGAAGAGUAGGAAAGAGGCGGCGGUGAGUUGUGUCAAGAAUGUUAAUAGUAGUAAUAGUAGUAGGAAGAGGAGUACAGAUAAAGCAUGUCGUAGGGGGUUGAGUUCUGGUUUGCAUGAUCCGGAGGCAUUGAAAACGGGGUCGAAUGAGAAGUUGGAUAGCAGUGGUGGGUUAAAUGGUGUUCCGCAGCUUAGUUUGGAUAGUAAUGGUGUUCAAAUCCCGAGGCGUAAGAGGGGAUUCGUGGGGAGAAAAAAAAUUGAGGGUGGUCAAGGGGUGAAGCUGUCGGAUGAAUCUGCCGAUAAAGCAAGUCUUGUUGAACAGGAUCAUCAGAUAGCCAAGUUAAAUGGUGAUGGGUUGUGUCAAGCUGAGGUGCCGAAGGCUGAAAGAAACAAAGGCUUGGAUGAAUGCAAAGAAAGUAUAAAUAAUAAGGCGAGUGCAGCUUCUCAUGUGAAGAAAGAAAAUGUUCUUGAGAGUCAGUCAGUUGUAAGCAAUGGUAAUUUAACUUUGAAAAAGUCCCAGAGGAAACGUCGGAAAAAGAAGAACUUAUCAUCUGAUAGCAGAACUGAUGCAAAGGAAGCUGAGCCUUUAGUCGAUAGUUCCACUAAAGCAUGCCAAGCUUCACAUGAAGACGAGGAGGAGAAUCUUGAAGAGAACGCAGCAAUGAUGCUCUCAUCAAGGUUUGAUCCAAGCUGUACUGGGUUUUCAUUAAACACUAAGGCUUCUGGGAGUAAUCAGUCAUCUCCCAGUCAGGAUUUCAAUAAUCAUGUAUCGAAGUCAUCCUCUGGAUCAGAAUCUCCAUCUGUUGAUAAUGCUGGUAGAGUACUGAGGCCCAGGACUGGGAAGCAGCACAGAGAGAAAAAAGGUACGAGGAAAAGGCGCCACUUCUAUGAAAUCUUCUUUGGGGACUUGGAUGCUUGUUGGGUAGUGAACCGUAGGAUCAAGGUCUUCUGGCCUUUGGACCAAAGUUGGUACUAUGGCCUUGUGAAUGAUUAUGACAAGGAGAAAAAAGUUCACCAUAUUAGAUAUGAUGACCGUGAAGAAGAAUGGAUUGAUCUCCAACACGAAAGGUUCAAACUCUUGCUACUUCCCACUGAAGUUCCGGGUAAGGCCAAGCAGAAAAAAUCAUUGAUACAAAUUAAAAGUUCUGAAGAGAGAGAAGGAAAUUCGAACCCCAGAAAAGAAAAGAGAAAGAGAGACUUGAUGUUGGAGGAUGAUAGAUUUAUAGGCAGCGGUAUGGAUUCUGAACCUAUCAUAUCAUGGUUGGCGCGAUCUACCCGUCGGAUCAAGUCUCCUUUUCAUGCAAAAAAGAAGCAAAAUCCAUCUGGUCUAUCCCCAAAGUCCGUGCCAACUUUGUCUGACAGUGCUCACACUUUAUAUGGGUGUCUGGGUAAUGCCUCCUCUAGAAGGGAUACAAAUAAGUUAUCUAGUGAUUCUGGCAGAUCGUCUAAUGCUCUGAGAGAAGAGAAGUCUGCUCUAGAAGACAAUGAUUAUCCCGAAGAUGGUAAAAUGCCUAUUGUUUAUUAUCGGAAGCGACUGCGCAAGACUGGGUCUGUACUCUCUCAAAUAUAUGAGGAUGAGCAUGCUUCCAUGCAUGGACAUCAUUAUUCUACUUCUGUUACUCCUGUUGUGGAUAUUUGGGACUUGGAAGAGCCAGAUAAUUUUGUUGCUAUAUUGGAUCGUAGUUGGCCAUUGUGGUAUGCUGAUGAUGCAGGGUUGCUAAAGUUGACUCAUCCUUGGGUAGAAUCAGGAAAAGUUAUAUUUAAAUGCCUUCAACUGCGUUCACUAAUUAAUGAUUUCCUUGGGGUAGAGUGGUUACGGUUCUUUCAUGCUGCAAUGCUGCUUCGGCAUGGUAUGUUGGUGAUGACAUGGCCAAAGGUUCAGUUGGAGAUGCUCUUUGUUGAUAAUGUAGUUGGACUGAGGUUUCUUUUGUUUGAGGGUUGCCUGAACCAGGCAGUGGUCUUGGUUUUUCUAAUCCUGACAUUAUUUCAUCACCCUGAUGAUCAAGGGAAGCUAACUGAUUUCCAGUUACCAGCAACUUCAAUCAGGUUCAAAUUCUCUUGUGUUCAGCAACUUGGAAAGCAACUAGUGUUUGCAUUCUACAACUUCUGUCGAGUUAAGAAUUCGAAGUGGAUGCACCUAGAUAAUAAACUUGGGAGGCAUUGUUUACUCACCAAGAAACUACCUCUUUCUGAAUGCACCUAUGAUAAUAUCCAGGCACUGCAAAAUGGAUUAAAUCAGUCGUCUUUUAUGUCUCUGUUCGGUCAACCCUCCCCAGUAAAGGGUACACAGAAGAGGCCCAGGCAGGGCAUUAACUUCAUGGGUGGUCCCCGGGAAGUUAGUUUUGUAAAUAUCAGCCAUUCUGAUUCUCAUUCUGGUGACCUCCACAGAAAGCUCCCUCCGCUUGCUCUAUCCUUUACAGCUGCACCUACGUUCUUCAUUAAUUUGCAUCUUAAGUUGCUUAUGGAACACAGUGUUGCUAAUAUCUGCUUUCAUGACCAUGAUUCAGAAGUUACUCCUCAGCACGAUUUGAUUGCUCCAGAAAAGGUUGCUACCACUGGUCCAUCCUGUGCUCAACUGGUAACAGAGACAUCUGUUUCUAUUUGCAGUCACCAAGGUCAGUUGAAGUCAUCUCAACUUUACGAAAAAUGUGUUGUUAAUGUUGCUGGAAACACGCCUAGGACUUAUACUGGCAGUGAUAAAGCUGUUACUAGUCCCCGUCCUGUAGUGAAUGGGCUUACUGUUGAAAUUCCAUCUUUUGACAAAUUUGAGAAGCCUGUAGGGGGUGAGUUACAAAGUGCUCAACAGCCUACAGAUUUUUCUUUGAAUAUGAAUGGUAGCACUAUCCCCAGUCCCAGUCCCACAGCUCCCAGAAGUACAGGGCAGCGAAGUAGAAAUAGUUUGUCAUCAUUUGGAAAUCUCUCUAGUCAUUGGUCAGAUGGAAAGGCUGACAUUUUUCAUAAUGGUUUUGCCAAUGGACCGAAGAAGCCUCGUACUCAAGUCUCAUACAUGCCUUAUAGAGGUUUUGAUGUCAAUUCCAAGCAAAGAAACAUUCACAAAGGGCUUCCUAAUAAACGGAUUAGAAGGGCAAGUGAGAAGAAGUCAUUAGAUACUUGCAGAGGUAUUCAAAGGAACUUGGAGCUGUUAUCCUGCGAGGCAAAUGUGUUAAUUUCUGCAAGUGACAGAGGGUGGAGAGAAAAUGGGGCACGUGUGGUAUUAGAACAAUUUGAUAAUAGUGAGUGGAAGCUUGCUGUAAAACUUUCAGGGACAACAAAGUACUCGUACAAAGCACAUCAAUUUUUGCAGCCUGGGUCAACAAACCGCUACACUCAUGUCAUGAUGUGGAAAGGAGGAAAGGAUUGGAUCUUGGAAUUUCCAGAUAGGAGCCAGUGGGCCCUUUUUAAAGAGAUGCAUGAAGAGUGUUACAAUCGGAAUCUCCGGUCUGCAUCAGUUAAAAACAUUCCUAUUCCUGGUGUUCGAUUGGUAGAAGAUAUUGAUGAUAAUGGAACAGAAAUAUCUUUUCUUCGCGGUUCUACCAAGUAUUUCCAGCAGAUGAAAACGGAUGUUGAGAUGGCUUUAGAUCCAUCUCGUCUCUUGUAUGACAUGGAUAGUGAUGACGAGCGAUGGAUUUCGAGGAAUCAAAAUUCCUCAGAAUUGGUCAAGAGUUGCUCAGUAGAGAUUGGAGAGGAGAUGUUUGAGAAGGUAAUGGACAUGUUUGAGAAGGCCGCAUAUGUUCGGCAAUGUGAUCAGUUCACAGCUGAAGAAAUAGAAGAGUUCAUGACUGGUGUUGGGCCAAUGGAUUUGAUCAAAACCAUUUAUGAGCAUUGGCGUCAGAAACGGCUGAAAAAGGGAAUGGCUUUAAUCCGACAUCUCCAGCCACCAUCUUGGGAAAUGUAUCAAAAACAAGUAAGGGAGUGGGAGCAAGCUAUGACCAAGAUGAAUACCACACUUGCAAAUGGAGGCCGUGAGAAAGCUGCACCAACUGAGAAGCCACCGAUGUAUGCUUUUUGUCUGAAACCACGGGGUCUGGAAGUUCUGAAUAAGGGAUCAAAACAACGGUCACAGAAGAGAUUUUCUAUUUCUGCACACACCAAUGCUGUCUUAGGAGAUCAGGAUGCUUUCCAUCCUAUUGGAAGGAGAACAAAUGGGUUUGCCUUUGGUGAUGAAAAAUAUGUGUAUUCAGGCCAUAACUAUGAAUCCUUAGAUGACUCUCCAUUGUCUCAGACAUCGCCCGGGGUUUUUUCACCAAGGGAUGCAGGUAACAUCUUAAUGAGCAAUGAUGCUUUUGAGAGGAACCAUUUACAAAGAAUUGACAGAAACAAGUCAAAGAAUUAUCGGACAAUGGCAUCCCCUGUUGAACCCCAGAUCGUGUCUCCAUACAGCGUGUCGCCAUACGGUCAUAGGGUGGUACGAAACAGAAAUGGAGUUCAUAGAGGGAAUAUUGGUUACCCUCAAUGGUCAAGCCAGUCAUAUUAUCAACCAGAUGUUGCGCAGAGGUUCGUAAAUGCGCAGGGCUUUGAUCAUGACGAGUUGAGGCUUCGUGACGCAUCUGGUGCUGCUCAGCAUGCACAUAACAUAGCCAAACGCAAGCGAGAAAAUGCUCGCAGAUUAUUUUACAGGGCAGAUCUAGCAAUGCACAAGGCUGUGGUUGCUCUCAUGACUGCGGAGGCAAUCAAAGCUUCUUCAGAUGACUACGACUAUGAAUAUGAUUCUGAGUCUGAGUCCCUCUCCUUAUCUGACUCUGACACCGAUUCAGACAGUGAAGAGUAGAGCACUAAAUCCAAGCGUGAGAUGGCAGAAUAGGGUUCACGGCGCACCCCUUUCAGAUUGUGUUGUUGUGCAGCCGAAGAAUAUGAUAAAGAUUGGGACAAUGUUUCUGUCAAUAUUGGUGGAAUUUUUUGUGUUUGUUCACAGAUACCAUAGAGAAAUUCUAACAUGAGAGAGCCGUGAACAGUACGGGUGGGAUGAAAUCAUUGUUCCGAUGAAGCCUGCAGAUUUUUUUUGCUUCCAGUGUGAGGACUACUCGAUUCCAUUGAUGCAAUUGUUGUACUGAUCCUGCUGGGAUAGGGUGGUGUAUGCAAUUUUGGCAGCCAAUCUCAUUGUACAGAUCUUUUCUUUUCCUCUUUCUUUCUGGCCAUAACCUCGGGUUUUUUCAGUGUUUAGUAUUAAAAGAGCGUUUUGCUCAAAUAAUACACCACUUUGAGAAAAAAAAGAAAAAAGGGAAUUGACAUUUCCUUGUUAUACAGUUCUACACUAAUGAUUAUACCAUUUUUCUUGCCGUUCUGUUUACCACGGCA